GUUGCCUAGCAACGCGGUGUCAACAUCCUUUUCCACAACACUAAACUAUUACAGCCUGCUUCUUCUGGUCGGCUAUCAUGCUAAUCAUGAAUCUUGCACUUUUCUUUUAGUGGGGGAAAAAAAAAAAAAUAGGUCACAGAAUGGGGAAGAAAGUGAGGAAGGAGAGCGUUAUUACAUGCAAGGAAACGUUUGAGCCACUAGCUGUUGAGGGCAAAACUCCAGCAACAGUAGUGCUGCUGCUGAGCUCUCCAGAGGAGGACAUCCUAGUCAAAGCCUGUGAAUCAAUCCACAUAUUUGCAGAGAAAGGAGAUGAGAACAAGGUUUCUCUGCUGGGACUCGGGGCAUUGGAGCCGCUCUGUCAGCUCAUCGCUCACAAGAACAAGCUGGUCAGACGCAACGCCUUCAUGGCCUUGGGCAUCAUGGCCUCCAACGGUGAUGUAAAGACUGCUCUUCAAAAAACAGAUGUCAUUCCAACAAUCAUUGACAAACUGUCGUCAGAAGAAGAUAUAGUUGUCCAUGAGUUUGCAACACUGUGCCUGGCCUCUCUGUCAGUGGAUUUCAUCUGUAAGGUCCAGAUCUUUGAAAACGAGGGCCUGUCGCCUCUAAUCGAGCUCCUAUACAGUCCAGACCCCGACGUCAAGAAGAACUCACUAGAGGUCAUCUUGAACCUGGUUCAGGACCACCAAAGUCGCGUGGAAGUACACGAGUUGGAAGGGAUCCCUCCACUUCUGGAGCUGUUGAAGUCGGACUUCCCUGUCAUUCAGCAUUUGGCUUUAAAGACGCUGCAGAGCGUCACCACUGAUAAAGAUACAUGCGACGCCUUCAGGAAAGAGCAAGGAUUUGAGAAGGUCAUGGAUAUCCUCAGUAACACGCUCUUAACUGACCUUCAUGCUGAGGCCUUACAGGUAGUUGCUAACUGUGUGAGUGACAGCAAGACCUUACAGCUGAUCCAAGAGUGUGGAGGGCUGACGAGGCUGAUGGAGUUUGUUCUCACCCCCAACGCGCCUGGAAUCCAGUCCAACGCUGUCAAAUGCAUCGCCAUGGUUGCUCAGAGCUCUGAGAAUUGCAAACUGCUCCAAGAGCAGAAUGUGGAGAAGGUCCUGGUGGAGCUUCUGUCUGUGGCGGACGUCAGCGUGAAAACAGCUGCCUGCCAGGCUGUGACCGUCAUGAGCUCCAACCAAGCCAGCAAAGUCAUCUUCAGAGACCUGGGUGGUAUCCCUGCAGUCGUACAGCUGCUGAGCGAUGAGAGUUUGGUGCUGAGACAGGCAGCAACCCUGGCCCUCAGCAACCUCACACACAGCAACCGGCUCAACUCAUUUGCAGUGUACGAGGCAGGAGGCCAUGAGAUGCUUGUCCAGCAGCUGUAUGGAAGCUGUUCCAGGACGGUGGCCAACUCUGCUGCCACACUUGGCAACAUGGCAGGACAGGAGGUCAUCCGCUGCAGUAUCUUGUCACAUGGAGCCAUACAGGCUCUGGUGGAGCCCUUGACGUCUACAGAUACGCAGGUCCUGUUAAACACGACGUUGUGCCUGGCAGUGCUGGCCUGUGACACAGAAGCGAGGACAGAGCUACAAAGGGCUGGAGGCUUUCGCCCACUGGUCAAUGUGCUGUGUUCCCAUCACAAGGAUGUGUUGCACAGUGCAUGCUGGGCUAUCAAUGUCUGUGCCAGUGAUGUGCCUGCUGCUGUGGAGAUGUGCAAAUUUGGAGCCCUGGAGUUGCUUCAGGAAAUUAACCAAUCAGUGAAUCGAAGGAGCAGUUUCAGCAAGUUGGCUGAGAUCAGCCUGCUUAACCACAACUUGUCUGUCAAAUACAGCCUCACAGGUCAUUUGGCCUCCACCGACGUUAUUAGUGAUGGCUUCUAUGACGCAGGGAAGGCUUGUGCAGGUCAGAGGAUUCUGACUUUAGAGGAACUGUCCAAGCAGCCUGUCAACGAGCACCAGCCCAUCAUUGUUUUCAACACAGCAAAAGAAGAGACGGUGUAUGUGCCAGAAGAGAGGCAGAGCAACCCAUUAGAAAUAGACACCAGCAGCAAGGCAGACCGCAGGACACCAAGGAAGAAGAAAGUGGAGACCCAGCCUGAGUCUCCUGCAGAGAAGCCGUGGAAGAUGAUGGAUGACGUCUCAUUGCAGCUUCUAGUUAAAGAGGCCAAAGAAUCCAUCAUCCCACUGAGUGAUGAACGAGAGCAGUGUGCUGCCUUGGCCAGGCUGGUGAGCGAAGCCAUGGGCGGAGCGGUGGAGAUGGAAAAGUUGCACGAGUUCUCAUGGGUGCUGCACCUCAGCGAGCUCGAGUUUCACCUUCAGUGUAAUGUCGUUCCAAUCGGUUUGAUCAGCAGGGGAAUCUUCUGCCAUAGGGCACUUCUCUUCAAGUGUCUGGCUGACUGCAUCGGAAUAAGCUGCACACUUGAUAGAGGCGAGUACAACCGGGCUUGGAACGAGGUACUCCUCUUCAAUGGGAAUCCCUCCAGGAAUGAGCCCUCUUCACAGCCCUGUCGCUAUAUAGUAGACCUCAUGCACCAGCCUGGAAGACUGCUGACAGCCAGUACCCCUGCUGCUGAGCAAUACCAGACUAUAUAGACCAACACUGUAGAGUACAAAUACUGUAGUACAUAAUGCUGUGACCAGACAUUUUACUCACAUGCAUUAUAGAUAUUGAUUUGUAUUGCAUGUGUAUUUGUAGAGUAUUAUUCAAUAUGUCAGUUGAUUAUUUUGGUGCAAACACAAGCCAAAAUGAAGAAUGCUGUUAGUGUUCUUCUCUAAUAAACACACUGGUUUAACCUGGUUCUUCACCUCA